UCCCUUUUGUUGGCAUGAACAUCACCAAAAGUGGCAACAGGCUCGAAACAUCAUUCUACAGAAAGUCCACAAAUACUGGCUUACUCUUGUACUGCCACAGCCAUGUGGACAAACGUUACAAAGAUUGCUUACUCGCCACUAUGAUCCAUCGUGCAUAUCAGCUGUCAUCUACUCCUACCGCGUUUUCUGCUGAAUGUAACAAGCUUCGCUCUACUUUCCUCAACCUCGACUACCCAAAUGUCUUGAUCAAUUCAGCGAUCAAUAAGUUUUUGCGUAAUAUCGACAACAUCGAUGCGGCCAAGAAUACAAGAGGUCAACCAAGUUACAGCACAAGAAUGGACGAAAAUUCAUCUUCCAACGAUACAAAUUCGACAAUAGAUGGCCAAGACAGACUCCAGGGCGGUUUGAUGAUCCUGAUCACAACGCUUUAUGCAAUAACUUUCCUCAUUGGAUUCGUUGGAAACUCCCUUGGACUCUACAUUAUCUGCAAGAAGUGCGGCAUCAAAGCAGCCACUCACUUACUAAUCGCCAACCUCGCUUGCUCCAACUUAUUCAUCGUCUUCAUAGUGAUUCCUAUGUCAGUGUCCUUUUUAUACAAUGGACACGUUUGGCUCUCGGGGAUCACAGGCACAAUCACCUGUAAGAUCUCUCAAUAUUUAUUUGUAUUUCCCAUUGCUACAUCGAUUCUAACCAUAUUGGUGGUAUCAAUUGAUCGCUUCUUUGCCGUCUGUCACCCCAUGAGAGGAGAGCUGAUCCGCAAGCCGAAAGUAAUGACAGCCACGAUUUGGGUUUGCGCGGCCAUAGUUACAAGCCCAGUAAUGGUAAUUUUCAAAGCGAUCCCUUUCCAAUCCCCAGACGAAGGAUGGUUGUGUACUCUUUACUUUGGAGAAGAUCCGUAUCUCGCAGAUACUCUCCUUAAAGUAUAUUAUACUUCGCUCUUUGUCCUACUUUAUUUGCUGCCACUUUUGAUUAUUACCGUUCUGUACACGAUCAUUGGCUACAAACUGUAUCAUCGAAGUAUUCCUGGAAUGUCCCGUGUGCCAACUUACAGAGACAGAGUGGAAAGAUCAAAGCGUAAGGUUGCCAAGGUGAUGGUCAUGAUCGUCACUGCUUUUGCAAUUUGCUGGUUUCCAGCCCACUUCGUUCACUACUUUAUCACUUUCCAAAAAGAAGCCCAUUCGAGAAUACCGCUUUAUGCGAUUUCCUUGCUACUAUGGAUUACACAUUCGAACAGCGCUAUAGACCCUUUCUUGUACAUAUUACUAAGCCAUAACUUUCGAAGGGAGUUUCGCAAAAUGAUCAAUCAGUGCAAUUUUUACGAGAGGAAAGCACGCUUUGAAAGGCGUUUAUCCAGGAUUUCGGUUACCCUCUCGAGAAGGAAUGUCCAUGCACAUCGGACUGGGUCGACUGCGUGUUCCUUCAGGGGAAAUAACUCGCGCAAGGUUGAUAAGUAUGCUAUUCCCGAGGGUCCAAACGGAGAAAAGCAAGGUUCGAAUAUGCGCAAUGGGUCGCUGAACGAACAUCACCCAGUCCAGCAAAACUUGCAAGAUCACGAGCUGUAAUAGUUUAUUCAUCAUGACAUAGAUUCCCCAAAACUACGCCUGCCCUACCCAGAGAUGGCGUUACUGACCAGGGCCAAUUCAAGGAAGAAAUAAAGUGAAUUUGGGACAUCAGGGAUGUACUACAAUACCCUCCGACUGGAUGAUAUAGUUGACACUGGCGGUGUCAUCUUCUGUGCAUUAAUUAAUUGACCUUAUUGAAGUCUGUUACAAAAAACAGCAACAAAAAAUUAAUGAUAAGAUGUUAAAUAAAUCUGUCCCAUUAAGAAUGUUAGCUAGAGAAACGACUGAUUACCUUAACUUUGGAUUUAAGAGUAUCAUCGUUUUAAUUUCUGUUGCCUUGCUAUAGCUUAUGGCAAACUGUUGCAAUAGUAAUUCAAGUAGAGAGCUCAGAGAUCUAUACGAAAUUUACAUACCUGAAACACCGUAAACCUAUAAUUCCGUUUGGAGCCGAAUUAACUAAGAACGAUGUAAACCUAGAGGGAAAAAGAAUCAAGUAAUCAAGAAUAUUUAAUUUUCCUCAGUAAAUUUUUUUUUUAAUAUGGUAGUGCGUGACCAUGCUGAGAGAAUUGGCAGCCUGAGAAUUUAAAUAACUUUAUCGAAACUGCUCGUAAAAUGCGCCGUAACAAGCCAUCUUAAACAAUGAGCUUUCUUAACCUCUAAGGUAGAGUUUUAUCCUUAAUUUAGUAAGUAAAUCUUCAUUGGGAAGUUAAUUGAGUAACGUAGUAGCUGCAUACUUGUGGUAACUUGAAAACUACACUUCCCUACUCUCUGUGGUCGCAAAGCAAAUCUGAACCAUAUACAGUGCCUAAAAGUAGAGCGCAUUAUUUGUUAACGAAAAGUUUCACUUGACAAGGCAAACGUAUACGUGAUGCAUGCCAGGAAAGAGAAAAUAAAGCCUGUCGUCCUGGAUCUUGUUACAAAGUCUUCCAGCGGAAUUGGAGCAGUUUUCACUCGA